UUCGCAAUGCCAGAGAGGUAAUCGUCAGUCACAUCGGUGCGAUAGUGAUAAGAGCGGGGGCUUAAUCUCUAGACAUCGUUAAUGAGAGUUCCCCUCCGGUUGACAGAAAUGCGGAAUCCGAAUCGAGGUCGAUACACCCCGAGCGUGCUCGAGGAGAGCUCCGCGCUGCACGGAAUGGCCUUCUAUCGAAGCCGCCGUCCGCUUUUGUCUCCUGGAAAAGCGUGGGCGGUCGUCGUCAUAUCUGAAAUCCCAGCUCCGUCUUCGGACAGUUCGGUUUUCCUCCCGGGACUUCCGUUUACAAGUACGAUGAACCCCACGUGCAUUGUUUACUCAAUGAAACGAUUGGGGAGCGAGGAAGCGCAUCAAGCGUGUAUGCGAGCCGCGUGCCGCGUCGGUCGUGUGGUUGCGACUAUAUACGGGGUGUCCAAAACGAUCCAUUGCGCGUUACAGCAUUCAAUUCGACAUUCGAGUCAAACGAUUAUGAGUUUAUAAUGUUUCUACAA